GUGAGGCUGCUGCUAGCUAGCCUAGCUGUGCUUCUGAGCAAUGACAUGCUUUGAUAUAGAAAUGCUAUUCCAACGGGGCACAGCGUCUCAUCGGCUAGGCUAGCUUGUUGGAGUGGAAAAAUAACUGGCUGCUAGGUAGCGAGGAAUCUGGAUAUCAUUUGUGUGACGCUUCUAGACAUUUAAUAUUUCUUAAAGGAGAUAAGAAGAGGUGGUCAUCAGCAAUCAGGUCUACAGAGAAGUAUUAGAGCCCUUGAAGUUCUCAGCUUUGAUGCAGUACAGUGCACCGAGUGCAAGAUGACGGAAGAGGUGAUUGUCAUCGCCAAGUUUGAUUACAUGGCCCAGCAGGACCAGGAGCUGGACAUCAAGAAGAAUGAGCGCCUCUGGCUCCUUGAUGACUCAAAGUCCUGGUGGAGGGUUCGAAAUGCCACCAACAAAACAGGCUUUGUGCCAUCCAACUAUGUGGAGAGGAAAAACAGUGCCAGGAAAGCUUCUAUUGUCAAGAAUCUUAAAGACACACUUGGAAUUGGGAAGGUGAAGAGCAGAAAGGGGGGAAUGAGAGACACGGCCUCCAACGCAGACGCAGACAUGUAUGCAGAUAACGGCGAGCGGCUGUAUGACCUCAACCUUCCCGCCCUGGUCAAGUUCAGCUACACAGCUGAGCGCGAGGACGAGCUGUCUCUUGUGAAAGGCACGCGGGUGGUGGUGAUGGAGAAGUGCAGCGACGGCUGGUGGCGCGGCAGCUACAACGGGCGCUCGGGCUGGUUUCCGUCCAACUACGUGACGGAGGACAUGGAUGGGACGGCGGGGGGAGGCGGCAUGGGUGGGCUCGGAGACCCGGCUGGAUCGCUAACGGAGAAGCUGGCCGCCGUGGUGAACAGCACCACAAAUGGGAACCGAGUGCUGCACACGGUCCAGGCGCUCUACCCUUUCAGCUCGGGCAACGACGAGGAGCUGAACUUUGAGAAGGGCGAGGUGAUGGAGGUGGUGGAGAAGCCCGAGAACGACCCAGAGUGGUGGAAGUGUCGCAAAGCAGACGGACAGCUGGGCUUGGUGCCUAAAAACUACGUCACUGUGCUGGACUCCAGCUCCCAUAAACCCGGAGCGGGGCCUGCUGGGCCGCCCACACCUGACUGUGACUACAUCUCGCCCUCAGGCACCGGGCGCUUCGCCGGAAAGGAGUGGUACUACGGAAAGGUGACGCGCCACCAGGCGGAGGUGGCCCUCAACCAGAGAGGCAUAGAGGGGGACUUCCUCAUCCGAGACAGCGAGUCAUCGCCAAACGACUUCUCCAUCUCCCUGAAGGCGCAGAGCAAGAACAAGCAUUUCAAAGUGCAGCUGAAGGAAAGCCUUUACUGCAUUGGACAGCGCAAGUUCAACUCCAUGGAAGAGCUUGUUGAACACUACAAAAAGGCCCCCAUCUUUACCAGUGAGCAGGGAGACAAACUGUACCUGAUCAAGGCCCUGGCUGCCUCCUGAUCCCUCUCUCUCUGUUGCACACAUGCCCUUCCACACAGACACAGACAUUACAUUACCUGCAUUCAUAUAUACACACAUACAGAUACUUACGCCAGAACACACACUAACAUUUAAAACUCCAAGCCUGAGGACUUAACACAUCAUCAGGACUUAAAUGCCCGAUUUGUGAGCAUUCCAAGAGGAGGUAUGGAAAAAGAAUGGGAGAGACACGAAGGAAUGGAAGGGGGAGACAAAAAGACUAUGGACUCCUGAGAAUUGACUACAGACCUCUUGGUCGCCUAUUUUAAAUUAUCCAGAUGUGUUAGGUCAUAGGCAAUGCCAUGUAUUUCCACCUUGAUAUCUAUUAGAGUUGCAUUUAGUUUCUUUUUUGUUUUUGUUGAUAAUAUAUAAUCUUUUUAACUAUUUUUUUUUUUUUUUAUGUAAUUUUAACUGUAUCCAAUACACAACCACCACCCGUAUGAGUCAUUUUUUAGAUGUUAGCAAACUAGCCUACAGACAUCUACAUUUCAACUCAUUUUUUGUGUCGUCUGUCUUAAUUCGUUCUUUAUGAUUGUGGACACACUAAUCCACAACGUCUGCUAACCGCUAAUCAUGAAUAAAAACUAAGUGACCAAAA